AGGUCCUCUUCUGUAAUCUGACUCGGAACGUUUCCACAGCAACAGACGUGGCUUUGUUGUAAUCAUGCAUCAUUCAUGAUGAUAUAUUCAGUGAACGGGUGAGACACUUUCUCUUCUCAUGCUUAAGUUAAAUUAGAUCAAAUAGAUUUCAUCUUAUAUAUCUGUUAUAUUUAAAUGUGAUUAUUUCUGAAGUACGGCAAUAACUCAUUGUGUGUAGUAUAUAUAAUUUUUCAUCUCAAGGCACGAUGAAAUCAAGCUUCCACAAAGAGCUGUCUUUUUUUUUUAGGAUGGAAGAGUGUUUGCAUUUGGUCUGUGAGUCGAUGGGUGUGCGUGAGGAUGAUGAAGUUGGCGUGGACGUGAUCUGUUCCCUCUAUAAGAGCGUCUUCCUCAUCGCCGCCAGCCUGGACGAGACAAAGAGAGCCGUUGCAGAGGUCAGAGGUCGGAGUGGAGGCUUGUCGUGUUCAGCCAGAGGAGUUCUGCGUGUCCUGCUCGUGAUGGAGAAACAACGUGAGAACAAACAAGAGCUGUACUGGGAGCUCCAGAUGUUGAAGGCUGGAAGAAUUGAUCAUAAAAAAAACGAACAAUCCUCACCAAUCAUCUUCAACUCCAGACAACAGGAUCCAGAGCAGUUUAGCGUCUUGCGUCUUCAGAACAGAGCCAAGAGGCUCUACACCAGACUCGUUCUUGACGGCGUGUGGAGUGUCCUGCCGUCUCUUUCUCAGAGGAACGCCGGCGUCAUGCGACCGAGCGGGGUCUGUCCCAGCGCCGCCGACGUCCUCCAGCUCCUGUACUACAAAUACGAGGUCAUCAGGGAGCGACUGUACAGAGAGAUGCUGCAGGAUGAGUUUGGUGCUGUUUGGUGGGACUCGAUGCCGGCGUGGGAUCAGACAGAAUGUGUGUGUGAACUAGGAGUGUGUGUAGAGCUGGCUUUCAGACACAGAGACUGGCUUCAGGUGUGCGGGCUUCCCGGGGCCCUCCGGUGCUACAGGAGCUGUGGUUCUGUGGUCUUGCGAGGCUGUCCUGAGAGUGUUAAACCUAGAGAUCAGGCUUGGACAUCUAAACCGAGAGAACAGGCUUGGUCCGCUGUCAUCUUCCUGUCAGAGCUGGAGUCACAUUAUCAGGAUGAGAAGGAAUCUAUCAGCGCACUCAUGAACAGACUGGGAGAAGAAGCUCUUCGUGUUGUUUAUCUCAGUAUGUGUUUCGCUGUGAGGAGAGCUGAGAGAGAGAAUCAGUCCUACAUGGCUCUGCUGGUCUCCAGACAGCACUGGGACAGAUGGCCUUUUAUGAGAGAUCCAGUGAGUCAGGAUCUCACCGGGAUCUGGCUUCAGGAAAAACUGGAUCCCACCGCUAAAACACAGCAGGGCUGGAAAACAGGAAAUUGCGCACAACAGAAAAAUACUAUAAAUACUGAUGGGAACUUUAGGAAAAACACGGCUGUGCUGCAGUGUUUGGUUGUGUGUCAGGAGCAGGAAAGGAAACGAUUGGUGGAGAUCUUACACAGGCUUUCCCUGAGAGACCUCGAGGGAAACGUUCAGAAAAACAACAAUGUGGUUCGUGGAAACGCGGUGGAUCAGAGUUGUGUGUGGAGCCUGCAGCAGAUUAAAGCCUCUCUACAGGAAGCACAUGGUUCUCAUCCCGGACCAUUCGCCCCGGGGUGUUCUGGGAUAGAUGUCUCAUGGGGGGAGUGUGCCACUCAUUUGCUGACCCAGCUGACACAAACACAAGACGAUGAGGCCUGGACCGUUUUAAACUCUCUGCCAGAUUUGAACCCUGAGGGUCUUUGGACUUUGCUUCGCAAAUAUGAGAGUGAACUCCACACACCCAGUUUCCACAACCUGCUUGAUGUUUUGCAGUCACGUGCACCGGCCCACACCAGCCAAGACAACACUGAGAGAGAGAGGACUGAACAGGCACAAGAAGAGCCGCCAGGUGGUGAAAAACAAGAACACUGCACUGGCUGCGGGGUGGCUAUAGAUCCAGAAGAUACUCCUUAUUUAGAGAUCUUGUGUGUCAGAGACCCAAGAGAUGAAGAGAGCAGGGUGGAGGCGAGAGAAGGUGACGGAGAGAGAAGACGGGGACAGACUGAGAGCGGGAGAGACCCUCAGGAGAUUUCAGUGGAGAAACAAAACUCUCUGAUCACGCUGGCCUGGAGCAAACCAGCCCACGCAGAGAACCGCAUUCAGGUACACACACACGCGCACAUGUGCACUCUUUCUAUCUUAAAUCAGCACAAAUUGCUCAUUCAUACACAGAAAGGUCUAAUUCUGCAGGAAGUGACCUCGGCUCAACAGGAAGUAGAGGCCGUCUCUAUUGUAGUGCAGGAGGAAACGGCUGAUAAAAGGACUCCACGUGAUGUGAAAGUUUACACACAGCAGGAGGACAUAAGCUGCGUCUCACUGCAGCCAAGUGAACAACAUGAAGAAACGCAUUCAGCUCACACAGAUAAUGUUAAAGGAAAGACACGAACCCAAGAAGACCGUUCAGGCUUCAUCACAGAAGCCAUAAGAGACGGAGAGCUGACAUCCAGUGAGUCCGAGCAGACGGACACAGACACGGGUCCAGCAAGCGGUUCUUUCCCAGACGCGCAAACAUCGGAGAGCCGUGAGCUGGAGGAGCAGAUCUGUGAGAGAGCGGGUGAGGAGCAGCAGCUGCAGAGGGAGGCAACGAUGCGCUGUCUGGUGGACAUCCAGAGGAGAGCGGAGCGACGCUGGCAGCGAGACCGAGACCGACAGCUGCUCAGAGUUCAAGAACGACUGGCUAUCGUCCAGAGCCGGAAGGCAGAUGAAGAUCUGUUGGGUCUGACGCAGGAAGACACACUCAGACGGCUGACCGACACACUACGACAGGAGGACGAGCAACAACAGAAGACUUUAGUGAGAGAGAAACUCCAGCAGAUGAGGAGAGAACGCUCCUGCAUUCUCCAGACCAGACGGGAGAGAAACACGGCUGGAUUUAAAGAGCUCCUUGCGCCCACAGCUCAACACAUGACCGAAACCGAAGAUGGACGCUAGUGCGUACUCAAACCCAUUUCUACAAACGUACGGCACACAGUCAAAACAUUCAUCCACUUUAUUGAUGUAUGAGCACAAAAGUAAUUGUGUUUGAACGACAGCAACUUGUAUUCACGGUUCAAACACUUUCCUAAUUGCCAACGAUGAAUGCCGCCCCCUACAGGUGUAUAAUAGUGCUUACGAUGCAUGCACACACUGGCUGCUGAUCUUUUAAGAAGACUGCGGUGUUUCUUUGGCAAAUAAGAAGUUGCAUGACUCGUAUACCUUUAUCAUAGACAGUAAGCACAUUAAAACACUUCUGGGUUUGGUUUGCUUCUUAUUAAUCUCAGUUAAGAGUGUGUCGCCCACAUGCAUGCUAUUCUGUCCUGCCGAAUAUAAACCAGUACGAGAUGACUGACAGUGCCUGAAUAACUGGCAAGUAUGUAAUGAAACACGUCUGAACAUUUUAUUGAACUCCAGGAAUCUCCACAAUGCCUCGGUCUUUAACAAAUUUGUGCGUGCGUGUUAAUUAUAACUUGAACAACACAGUCUGUCUCCUCACAGACACUGAGUUUUAGAUAUUCAGAGAGCAUAUAUACUGUGAACGUGGAACUACAAUGGAAAUGAAGUGGUGAUGAAUAAAUUAUUUCGCUUUGCCUUUA